AUGCAGGAGGCGCUGACGCACCCGGAGUACGGGUACUACAUGCACCGUGACGUGUUCGGCGCGCGGGGCGACUUCGUCACGAGCCCGGAGAUCAGCCAAGUGUUCGGCGAGCUCGUCGGCGUCUGGUGCGCUUCGACGUGGGAGGCGCUCGGGAAGCCGUCCAAGUUUUCCCUCGUGGAGUUGGGGCCGGGACGCGGGACGCUGAUGAGCGACUUGCUGCGCGCGACGUCGAAGUUUAAGGCGUUCACGGCCGCGAUGGACGUGCACAUGGUCGAGGUGAGCCCGAAGCUGCGGGAGAUGCAACGCGAAAAGUUGCGAUGCUCCGGCGGCGGCGGCGGCGGCGGCGGCGGGGAUGCGGGCGCGGCGGCGGCGACGAGCGAACUCAACGGCCGGCCGGUGCGGUGGCACGACACGUUCGACGCGGUCCCCGAAGGCCCCAUCAUCGUGAUCGCGCACGAGUUUUUCGACGCGAUGCCCGUGCAUCAGUUCACGCGCACGGAGCGCGGAUGGUGCGAGAAGCUCACCGAAGCCGCCGCCGCCGCCGACGACGGCGCGUUGGAGCUCGUGCUGUCCCCGGGUCUCACCCCCGCGGGCGCGCUGAUGAUCCCGCGGCGCCUCGACGGCCUCCCCGCGGAGCGAAAGGAGUCCAUCAGGCAGCUGGAGAUCUCCCCGCGGUCGGUCGCGAUCUGGGAACGCGUCGCGGGUCGCCUUCGCGUUCACCCCGGCGCGGCGCUCGCCGUCGACUACGGCUCGGAGGGACCGACGGGGAACACGCUGCAGGCGAUCAAGGACCACAAGUUCGUGGACCUGCUCGCGGACCCGGGGACCGCGGACUUAUCCGCGUACGUCGACUUCGGCGCGAUGCGGAAGGUGAUCGAGGACGGUCCGUCGUUUGCGAGAGACGGCGUGAGGUGUUACGGACCGACGACGCAGCGCGACUUGUUGGGGUCGCUGCAGAUCGGCGCGCGGCUCGAGAGGCUCGUGAAGGAGUGCGGCAGCGAGGAAGAGGCGGAUCGUCUCAUCGAGGGGUGCACGCGGUUGAUGGCCGGGGACGAGGGCGAGGGCGAGGGCGGGAGCGCGGACCCGGGGUUAGGGAUCAGGUACAAAGCGCUCGCGAUGGUGAGCAAAGGCGUGGGCGCGCCCGUCGGGUUCGUCGAGUGA